AUGUCCGAACUGCGCAACUUUGACUCCAUCUUUUCACUCGAGGGCAAGACGGCAGUUGUCACGGGCGGUUCCAGGGGACUGGGCCUGCACAUUGCGACGGCCUUCUUGCUCUCUGGCUGUUCGCACGUCAUCAUUACUGCGCGGAAACUUGAAGGCCCUCGGGGCAUCGCGCAGGCGGCUGAAAAGCUCAACGCACUACCGGGCAUCCGAGGCAAGGCCACCGGGCUGGCAGCAAAUGUUGGCGACUCGCAAGAUAUUGUCCGGUUCGCCGGCCAGGUCAGGAAAGUCUUGGGUGGUCGCGGACUGGACAUUCUCGUAUGCAACGCGGGGGCGGCUUGGGGUUCGCGAUUCGAAGAUGCACCACCGAGCAGUUCGACCAAGAUUCUGGACCUCAAUGUUCGAGGAAUAUUUGAGUUGACGCAACAAUUUCUGCCCUUGUUAUCCCAAGCAGGCACCAAACAAGAUCCAUCGAGGUUGUUGAUCAUCAGCUCGACUGCCGGUACCAAUGUUCCUCACGUUGGGGAAAACGGCACCAUCAUGUACGCUGCCUCUAAAGCAGCAGCUGAUCACCUGGCUAGAAAUCUUGCUGUCGAACUGGGACCGCGCGAUAUUACAUCCAACUCCAUUGCUCCAGGGUUUUUCCCCAGCAAGCUUGCGCAAGGACUAAUCAGCAACCUGGGAGGAGAGGAGAGUCUAAGUCAUGACAAUCCUUUGGGAAGAUUAGGAGAGCCCGAGGAUAUUGGUGGUGUUGCCACUUUCCUAUGCUCACCAGCUGGAAGAUAUGUCAAUGGAGUCAACAUUGCGGUGGAUGGAGGAGCUAGAUUAACAGCUGGCAGACUUUCUAGGUUGUAA